UGCGGAGCUCAAUCACUUCUCAGUCACUGCCGGGGACGGACGGCUCAUAGUACUGCUGAGAGGACCAUCACUCCCAUCAUCCUGGGGAUGGAGCAGCUGCUGCCGGCAUAGACCCUGGAUAUUAGGAGACCUGUGGACAGAAGACUCCCCAUCAUGAGUUAUUUGGGGCUCAUCCUGUUCUGUGUGCACGCCGCUUUCACCCUGUCCGUUAAGUCUUUGGAACCAAAGGAUUGCAUAUCAGCGGAGUUGCUGUGUAAGAAUGAUGCUCUGUGCAAUAGCUCUUACCUUGUGUUAAAGAACUGCUCUACAGCAGAUGCAGCGUACCUUUUAAAUGCACCAGAAUGUCAAAAGGCAGCUGAGCUCAUUUCCCGCAAUCCCAUCAUCAACUGCAAGUGUCAGCGUAUGAAGAAGGAAGAGCUUUGUUUGAACAUUUAUUGGACUGUUCAUCCUGUGUUUAUACCCGGUUACCUGGCUCCAUAUAACUCUCCAUAUGUAGAUGGCUUAGAAACCAAGGAGGAAACAAAGCACAUGCACCUUUCUCCUUUCAUGCCUGAGUCUGACCCCUUCACUGAGGGAUCUAAUGCAUGUUUGAAUGAAGCUACUAUUUGCAGUUCAGAUGAGAAGUGCACUCAGCUGAGGAACGACUAUGUUAUUCACUGCAGACCUAUAAAUCCCGAAGGCUCCUGCGAUCGACGGAAGUGUCAUAAUCACCUCAGGAACUUUAUUAAAAAGAUCCCCAUGGAAUUUACAAAGAGGCUCCUAUUUUGCCCAUGCGAUGAGGAUAGAAACUGUGGAGAACGUAGACGCAUGAACAUAGUGCCAAAGUGUUCUUUUGAGGAAAAAAUCAAGAAAAACUGCCUGGAGCUUCACGACUCCUGCAUGAAGGACAACUUGUGCAGAUCGCGACUUUUGGACUACAAGGAGCAGUGCCGCCUGUCUGAGAAAAACAAAGAAACCUGUUCUCCAGAACAACAUGAUCUAUGCAUAAAAUCCUACAUAAGGAUGAUUGGUACUACAGUUACCCCAAACUUUAUUAACAACUCAAGUAUGGAUACAUCGCUGUGGUGCACCUGUGAAGGUAGUGCCAACAAGGAGGAAGAGUGCAAUGCCUUCCUGCAGAUGUUUACUUCCAACAAAUGUCUCCAGAAAGUGACUAGAACAGACAUUAACCAGAGCAUCCCAAUGACAAUAAACGAUAACCAGAGAAGUCCUACCGAUGGUACAAAUUUAGCCAUUCUUUCCGAAAAAAAACAGGAAAGAAAGUCAUCUUCUGCAACGUCAGGUGUUUCAGCUCCGUCUUUCGCACUAUUGAGUCCGGCACUGUUUAUGUGGCUGCUAAAGGUGGUGUCAUUAUUGUGAAAGAAGACCAAGAAGGUCUACAAAGUGGCGUCACUGCCCAAUAAUCAUGGACUUGGCUUAGCAUAAGACAGCUGGGAAAAACACCAGUGUGUGAAUUGUUAUUUUCAGUCUUGAACUUAAAAGCUGAAGAUGAUUCACAAGGCAAUAAGACUAGGUGGUGUGAACCCACAGAGCCGACCCACUGCAAAGACUUAAGAACAUCGGCUGAUGUAUGUGUAGGGCCACACAUGACAUGUUCAUUGAAGCUGUAAAUGUGGAAGACUUUCUCCUCAGACAGUAUCUACAACCAAAGGUAACUCAAGCGUUUUAAUAGAUGCCAGGAAAACAAACAGGACAAAGCCGCAUGGCUUAACAGAUGCCUGGAAAACAUACAGGACAAAGCCGCGUGGACAUGUCGGAAUAGAUCCUGAUGGCGUUUCUGCAAGCUGUGCUCAUUGACAAUACCAGAACUAUAUAUAUGACUAUAUGUGUACAUCAUAGUCAGUAGCGUAAAUAAGGCAACUUAUAAUGAAGAUAAUGAUGGGCUAAGCUUGUACCCAAAAUCAGAGGAUAGUGAGAUAACCAACAAUAUAGUCUAUGUAUAGAGACAUUUCAGGCUUGGAACACUCUCAUUUUAUGAGAAUUCUUUUAGCUCCUACAAUUCCCAUCUUAUGUGUGAUUCAGCGUUUACAUUGCAUCUGUAUGCAGGUCCAUCCAGACUUAUUAAAGUGUGCACAUCUGCUAACAACUGCAAAAUUCUAAGGUAGUAACAUUUAACUGAUAUGUAGUGUAAAACAUGUAUAUACGCUUGUGAACAUAUGCUACAUACCAUGAAGUUGAAAAUCUGCUUUGGGUUAUUUGUGGCAUCUAGAUAGCUCAGUUCCAUAGGAUGGCUCAAGGGUGUUGGUAGAUAAAAGCAUUUUAAAGUGACAGAUGUGAUCUUUACCCAUAUACCAGUAGAGUACACCAGUGUCUUUAGAAGCAGGUUUGCAGCAUGUUUUCCGCUGCGAGUUUGAGCAAUGGCAGGUUUUGCGUGACAGAUUUUCUGCAGUGGAAAAUCCACAGAUUACUUUGACUUCAAUGGAGUCUGCUGUGGAAAAUCCGCACUUGUAGUGACAUUUACAUGAGGCAUUACUGCCUGGCACAAAGCUCUUGUGACUGUAAUUUCUACACAACAGUGAAGCUUCUUUUCAGAAGGGGAUGUUUUUUUUUUUAUGUAUCGUGAUUUAUUGUCAUCUCAGUCCUGCCCUGGACAAUGUGACUGGCAAACAAACUUACAAUAUGGUGACACGGUCCAAGGCAGGAGGAGAUAACCAGCUAAUAAAGGAACAGUACAAUGUGUAUAGUGGAGACCGCUAAUGGACCACAGAGUGUUUCCUUAAAGGGGACAUCUUAUCCCCUAUCCAAAGGAUCGUGGGGGUCCAACAGCUGGGGACCUAUGCGAUCUUGGUUUCGGCAUCCAGACAUCCGGUGCACGGAGUGAAUUCGCUCCGUGCCAGAUGACUGGCGAUGCGGGGCAGAGGCUUGUGACGGCCAUGCCCCGCUCAUGACAUCACGGCCAUGCCCUCUCAAGGCAAGUCUAUGAAAGGGGGUGUGUAAUAGAUUUACAUUGAGGGGGCGUGGCUGUGACUAGUCAGCCUCCGACACUGCACCCGACGCUCUACAUGAACACUGGUGCAGCAGGGAGAUCGCGGGGGUCCCGACGCUGGGAACCCCUGCGAUCUCCCUGCUGCACCCGGUGUUCAUGUAGAGGGGAUAAGAUGUCUAGAGGUUUUCUCAUAUGCCCCUCUAUGAGCCAAAGUAAAGAGACACUCACAAAGGGCAGUUCUUGUUUACAUUCAAUGGUCACCAUGCGACACUACAUCUCUCUUGUAGGAUAUGUGGCCAGACGUGGCCUACUUUGAAGAUUUCCAAUUGCCAGUGGAGGGAUGGUGGCUGCAAAGAAUUUGGACCUCCAGUGCUUUACUGAUCUCUGGGGUGCUCCUGUUAAUGAAAGGUUUCUCUAUAUGGGACAACUUCUUAUUAUACAGAGAUAGUUUGCUAGAUGGAAAACCAGCUAUUCCCUAUAAUUAAAGGGGUAUUUUGAUUUUUUUUAACACCUGUUAGAGCUGUAAUACAACCAAUUUCAGCAUAGUUGCCUUACCUGAUCAAGCACAGGGAGCUCUGUUCUGCCCGAGAGCCUCUGUUUACUUACCUGGAUGAUACUUUCCCUGUUCUGAUGUUGGCGUCUUAAACACAAGGCAAGUAAACAUGGAGUACCGGUGCUGGACCAGGUAAGGAGAGUAUGCUCUAGUUUGUUAUUUUACAGUCCUAGCAUGCUGCAGUUUAGAAUAUCCCUUUAAAGGGGUAUUCCAGGAAAAAACUUUUCAACCGGCUCCAGAAAGUUAAACUGAUUUGUAAAUUACCUCUAUUAAAAAAUCUUAAUCCGUUCAAUAAUUAUCAGCUGCUAAAGUUGAGUUGUUGUUUUCUGUCUGGCAACAGUGCUCUCUGCUGACAUCUCUGCUUGUCUCGGGAACUGCACAGAGUAGAAGAGGUUUGCUAUGGGGAUUUGCUUCUAAACUGAGCGGUUCCCGAGACAGGUGUCAUCAGAGAGCACUUAGACAGAAAAGAACAACUCAACUUCAGCAGCUCAUAAUAACUGAAAGGAUUAAGAUUUUUUAAUAGAAGUAAUUUACAAAUCUGUUUAACUUUCAGUUGAUAUAUAUAAAAAAGUUUUUUUCCUGGAUAACCCAUUUAAGUUUCCCCAGAUAACAGAUCACAUUACACUAGCACUAUAGUGAAAAUGGUGGUUGAAUCGGACAUUUUUUAGAUCAGAGAUUAUUUUGAACAAACAUUACUUUAUUUAACUUCAGUCAUAAAGCCAUUUAUUUGGAUUGCAGGGUUACAGCAUGUAAAUAUUCAUAUUCUGCUUUUAAUGCAUAAAAACAACACUUAAACAAUAAAUAGAUCUGGUUGUCCAUAGUAAUUCAUAACCAAACUGGUACUGAAGACAUAUUAAUACUGAUCUAUAUGCUCAAUGCAUCAUCGUGCAAUACGGUAAAAUCCGCUGAUCACUAUCUGACGUAAGCUGUGCAAGGACCUAUUAUGUGUGUAAAUUAUAAUAUAUAUAUAUGUAAAAUAAAAAUAACAAUCUAAAUAUCCUGCAGGAAAGUGUCUAUUGUGCAAUUUGUUUAGAGAUAACACCAAUAAAUGUACAUAUACUUUAAAGUA